AUGGGGUACAGUAUCUACGCAAUAUCUUUGUCGACGCUCGUCUUGUUCGCCCUUUUGCCUCGGGUAGAUGCUGCGUACGGUAUUUCACAUGGCCCAAUCACCUGUCUCUGCGUGGAUAGCUCUUUCCAAACGCUCGACUACAACGAGAUUGUCGCCAAGGAUGGUUGCUCGCUGUUUGACCGCUGUGAAACCUGCACCACUGACGUCCAUCAGCCAUGUGCAAGCUGUCCCCCGGGUAGAUAUGGCGUUAGAUGCCAAUACGAAUGCAACUGUGGUAUUCAGCCCUGUGACGACGGUGUAAACGGUGACGGUGAAUGUCACUGUGAGACAGACGACUAUUUGGCAGAAGGAAGAUGCCACGAAAUGGAGAAAAUGACGACAGAAAGCCCCGGGCAACGAAUGCCUAGCCCGAAUGUCUUUCCAGAUCGUGGCAAAAUUACGGUCACAUGGAUUCAGAUGUUAUCGCAAUACGACCCGAUUGUUGGCUAUGAGUUAGACUACAAAAAAACACGUGGAUAUACUGGCCGGUCCUAUAGCUCCUGGGCAACAGUCGCUACCAUAGACCAUGCCAAUAAAACCUUCGUCGAUUUUCCCGUGGACGAGAGUCAGUCAGGUUUUUAUAAGUUCCGUAUUUCUACGACACACAUAGAAAGUGGCUCAAAAUCAGGUGCAUCAACAUCCCCAAUCAGAGUGCCAGGUACACCUAAAGCGCCCCCGGAAGUUAGGACUGUGUCAAUCAUCGGAAACAGUAUAAUCAUAGAAUGGAGUGAGCCACCGGCAGACAUGACCAGUAGUAAUGAAGUCAUCGGAUACGUCAUUCAAUAUUUUUCGAGCCAGCGUGUUUGGGUUACGUACGCCGAUGCAGCAUUCAACGAAAGGACCAUUAUGAUUGGUGGACUAGAAUACGGUCAGACUUACCGAUUGCGUGUGGCUGCCAGGAACCGGCUAGGGAGAGGAGAUUGGUCUCCAGAGGCGUCUCCUUAUCUUAAAGACGCACUGGAAUGCUAUACUAAACGUGAUGGUUCGGACUACCGGGGCAAAGUGAGUCAAACCCGCUCAGGGAAAGUUUGCCUAAAAUGGUCCUCACAAAGUGGAGGCGACAUACAGACACCGUAUAAUCACCCUGGACGUGGACUGGGAAACCACAACUUCUGCCGUAACCCCGGCAACCCGUCUUUUAAACCGGGCAGUGAUUCCCAUCUUGCGAAUGCUUGGUGUUACAUCGCAAAUGAAGAUGUCUCCUACUCAAUGUGUGUACUCCCUGAACACCAAGAACAUUGUAAUCCGACUCCAGACGAUGAAACUGAAAUACAUAAGAAAAUACCGCUUACAAACGGCGAGAUUUGCACAUGCGCAUUUCAGGCGACAUUAACUGACAAGUAUCUGAAGCCGGAUUCCUACAUUGGAUGGACAUACGCAUGCGCGGCAGCCGUUGAACAACAAGUAGUUGAUUUGAUCGAAAACGUUUACAACAUGAACAGUGAGGUUUGUUACGACGAAUGCAGAAAAAGUGCGGGCUGUGAAGCUUUCACUUACUCAACCGGUGGUCACGGCAAUGAAACAGAUGUCAGACUGUGUACAUUAUUCAGCGACCUUAACCAACACCACGUGGAAAUCGAAAAGAACGAUAGUUGGGCACAGCAUUUGGGUCAAAGUAUACCGGAGAGUAAUUACAUCCUUUCGUGGGGUUGCUGGGCUGUCUCCGACCCCAGACAUCCGGGCAAUACGUGGAAAGACGUGGGGCUGCAGAACUACUUAGUGUUCACAGAUCAGGCAUAUUCUAAUUAUAGUAUUAGUGUAGACGUUGCAGAUGGACCCUCGGAGGGCCUGUAUAUAUCUUUUAUAAUUUCUGGUACAGACAAUUCAACUUUCCCGAUCGAUGUACUCGUUACACCAGGAACGAAUGUGUUUAAGAUAAGCAAUAUUAAUGUAGGAUUUAUCUCUGCGCUUAAGAUCAUCGGACAAAUAGGACAGAAAAUCACACUUAAUAAGGUUGAAAUUAACUUCAAAAGUAUAACUACUGUGUUUGUCUGUGACUGGUGUGAUGGGGUGUCUAGUUUGGAAAUACAGGCGGCUACAGGGAGCUGCCAAAGAAAAGGCAGUAUUGGUGGAAGUAGUUCGGCCAAUACACGUCAACUUGUACCAACAACAACUACAAUAUACUCGGACCACCAAGGGUUUGCUUGCUCUUCACUCGCAUAUGCGGCAUCUUAUAAGGAAGCUUUCUUUGGUGUAUGUCCGCUAACACCGCAGUUGAUAUCGGUAGGUUUGCCACAGAUCAUGCCCGACUAUUAUGUCGGCUUGCGGGAUAAGCAUCCACCAAGGGCGAUAAGUAAGCGAUCCACCCGUGCUUCCGAUAUGCCAGAUUUCGAGAUCUUUGAGGAGAAAGUCACGUGGCAAGAAGCUGUCGAUUUGUGUUUAGAAAGAGGUACAGUCUUGGCGAAGGUGUUCAGUAGAACCACAAUGGACGCUAUUAUCAGAACUACCGGUAGUACACACCGGGGAGAGGAUCUCUGGAUCAAUGGGUACCACGUUGGUUUCACCACUUGGAGGACCCACGAAAAACUACCUCUAUCGUUGAAUGAUCUUCCCUGGGAGAGCGGAGAACCUAAUUUGUCCGGCAAAUGCUUGCAGCUUUGGUGGCGUACGAACACAUACAAAUUAGAUGAUGACAUAUGUUCCAAUAAAAAGAUGUAUGUGUGUGAAUCACAACAGACGAGUGAUUUCUUCGUCUUUUUAGUUAGUUAUGCCUAUCAUCCCUCUUGGGAGAUAGGCCACCAACAAGAUUCCUUCAACCAGGCCGGUCCUGUGCCAGUUUUUCCACUUCUCCCCAGUUUUGACGCCAUGUUGUUGACGUCACAGAAUGUAGUUAACGUGCCAUUUCUUUCCUCAGAUUCGGUAAGAAUCAACGAAUGCAUGUACAACAACAAACUAUAUGCAAAUACAGAGUGCGCUGCGUUGAUGAAUUUCAACCUAGACUCACUGCAAAAUGAACACCUCGAGGACGAAUCCGUUAUCGUCGAAGAGGCUUCCCUGAGCUUGAACUUCAUUGGAAAGAGGUAUAUUCAACACCUGGAGAUUGACGGUAUUAGUGAUCCAUGGUCUAGGACUUUCGGAGGGUUGCAAAUCCCUAGAAGUGUACUCAUUGACACUAUAGAUACUAACUCAACCGAAUCACUUGCUGUAAAUAUUGUGUCUCCUCCAUUGCAAACGUGGGCGCAGGAUCGUUUAAAUGGUAAAUUUAUGGCUGGGCGAUACGGACUUAUGAUACGACCAUUACAAGGAAUACAGCAGGCUGGCUUUGAUGACUUGGUUAUAUGGAGCCAUUCUCGUUUGCGGCCGAGGAUUACACUAAAGAUACAGCUGUACAAAUGGUUAGUUGGGCCCUGGUCUGCGUGCAUCCAGGAGGAAUGUCUGGGAGGUAUGCAGCAUCGUACGGUUGUCUGUAUCAAUGCUGUAACUGAUAUACUGGCUGGUAAUGACGACAAAUGCAUGUUCCAAAUACGUCCACACUCUGAACAAUCAUGCGUCACGCACUACGACGAAAGAUGCUAUGAAUGGACACCUGUCGCUCGCCCUGGAGCUAUUUGCCGCAAUACAGGUGGAUGUGGCCAUGGAACCUUGGAUGGUAUAACUGUGUGUCAGAAUAUAGGCACUCAAGAAACCGUGCCCGAGUAUUUCUGUGCAUCAGACAGUUCGUCCGCUGGAACAACAUUCCAUUGUUCAGAUUUUAGUAUGUGCACGUAUCAUUGGGCUGUUGGUGAAUGGAGUGAGUGUUCCGAUCGCUGUGGUGAUGGUGUGAUGACCAGGAGAUUGUCUUGUGUAAGUAGUAAUAAUACUUACGUUGGCGACGGCAUGUGCUCCAGUACUACCAACGAGAUACCCGCAUCUACCAAGAAAUGCCAAGAUUACUCAGACUGUAACGUUUGGCAGUCACUUUCCAUGUUGCGACAAGAUCAAAUCUACGGAGAUCGACAGCGUAUUUUAACACAAAUAAACUUGACCGUGCCUGCUCUAGAAGCGGAGGCUGAUCGAAUUAAAGCCAAACAAAACAUAGCAGAGAGCCAGCUAGAACUUAGGCUACAGACUCUACGGGCUGACCGAAAUAUCCCCGAAGAAACGAUCACGGCUGAAUCAUUAGAAGCGCAAGCCCGCCAAACAGUUGCUAAAAACAGGAUUCAAAUCCCAGCUGAUGGAACGACUUCGUUUCCUAAUAUCGGCUACCUGGGACGAGGCUAUGAUAUAUUUUACGGGAACCCUCGACAUGAUGAUGGAUCUGUAGACCCAGGUUUUCGGCAGUCUGUGGUUGGGUUAACAUAUAACAAAGUGAGAUACAGUUCAGAUCGACUCUAUUUGGUUCCUGAUCAGGCAGACUUGAUCCGCGAGAUGGGAAGUUAUUUCGGUUCUACCACGUCGAUCAUAACAUCAGAGAAAACCUAUCGCAAAUCCCUGUCAGUUGAUGUCAGUGUAAGCGCUAAAGGAUCAUUCGACAUAUUCAGUGCUUCCUUCAGUGCAAGUGCGUCUUAUAAACAAAUGUUACAGUCUACUCUCAAUACGGAAAACAUCUUCGUCGAUAUCAUAGGUCGAGUCAUUGUUUACGAUGCGAGGUUGUCACCUUUUACUACUGACGUCAGUGAUGAGUUCAGAGAAGCCGUACGUCGUCUACCAGCAGUGUCAUGCUGUGAGUUCGACAUUGGGUGUCACCUGGAUUGCCCGUUGUAUGAUGAAUUCAUUGGAGCAUUCGGAACUCACUACACCAGUAGGGUACUAAUGGGAGGCCGGGCUGUACAAAGACACCAGAUGACCAGGCAAGCAUUUGAAAGACAACAAGAGCGGGAAAUAGGAGCAGGAUUUUCAGCUUCAGGGGGCGUGGCAGGCAUAGCGUCAUUCAAUACAGCCAUGGAAACUAAGAUAACGAACUCCAUGAAGGAAUCUUUGUCCCAGUCGAAGACCUCUAGUACAGAGUUCUUUCUCGGCGGUCAGUCGGGAGUUGGAGAGAUAGCGGAGGGCAGCACAGAUUCCUUGAAGGAAUGGUCGAGUACAGUGUUUGACAACCCAGUACCAAUAAAGUACGAUCUACAAGUUAUUGUGGAUUUGUUAACAGAAGAUAAUUUCCCGAAAGAGAAGAAAAUAAAUAUAAAAGAACAGGUAUUGAGGGGUAGACUAUUGAGCUAUUGUAGUCGCAUUCCGAACUUGAGAUGCGGAGAUUUCAGCGAGCGAGGCGUGGACGAGAUCGGAAACAGUGUACAUUUCGGUGAUGGUAUAUAUUUAUCCAUGAGUACGAAUGACGGGAAAACAUACAGUCUACAAGAGGAAGGGGACAAUCGGGUGUAUAUCAGACCAAGCGCUUAUAAUGAUCAGAGCUAUGACACCGUGGUAACCAUAGUACCCCUUCCAAACAGUUUAUGCACGUGGGCGAGACAAUAUCCAUCCGGACCUUCAAAUGCAUUUGGUGGCGAUUGGGUGAAAUUCAUGAAGGAAGUAAAUCACCACGUGCCAUCACAAUCAUCUGUGUUUACUGGCUUGUCGGGGGAAGACUGUCAAGACCACUGUAAGCGAAUGUCCUCCUGCAAAGCUGGGACCUACACGUCAAAGAACGGGGGAUAUUGCUUAAUAUUUACUGCCAAGGAGCACGUCGAUUUUCGUGCUUACUAUACAAAAACAACGGGUGCGUGGUUCUGGAAAAAGACAAAGAAGGUGCCGUAUCCAUUCACAUACCACUGGUCGUGUUAUAGUAGCUUAGACAAGGAACAUUUUGGCAGUAGAUGGGAUGGAUUACAACUCCAAAGUUUCCGCUCUCGAACUCGAUUUGUGAAAAAAGAGCAGCGAAAGGCCUUCUCCAUAUUAUCGCCAAUUGCCAUCAUGAAUGUCCAAAAAGACGAGGUUCACUAUGGCGACCCGUUUAUUCUUGUUGCCCAAAGUGGUGUCGUGACCAGAAAGCAGGGGGAAGGAUUUUAUCGUAUUGAGGACGAUAGUUCAGAAAACCUAUUUUCUGAUUAUUAUUUGCGGUUUCGGUUUAUCAACGAUUAUAAAAGAAAUGGAAUGCCUGUAAAGUUUGGUGAUGAUAUAAUGUUACAAGAAAUGACUAAUGGUGAUCGAACUACAGAGAAGUUUCUCAUGCAAUUCCUACCAUAUUAUUUGAUGGUUGAAACGAAAGAUCCGUGUUUUCAGUUCUUGUGGUUUACUAUUGGUGGAUGUUCUCAGGACAAAUUACAUGUUAAACAUAAAAUAUACGAAACAGACAGCAAUAACCACUACACAUGGAAUAUAAAACGAGCCUUCUUGAAAGGAUUGUUACCAGGUAUAUCUGAACCAAACUUAUCGGGCGUGGAAAGAUUCUCUUUCUACGUAAAAGAAGAUGGCAAGACCGUGCGAACGGAUAUCCAGUUCACCCGUCCAGUCAAACGUAGGCAUCAAGUACCCGGAACUGUCGAUGACGAGGUGGCAGGUGUCGCAGUCACUCCUGGAUUCGACGGACACGAUAUUCUCAGUGGCGAUUUCGUUGUUACUCUGAAGCGCGGUACUAAAUCCGUUUUUAAUCCAAUACACCAGAAGUUCACUGCGUUUGGGAGACGCUUAUCGGAUUACACCAUUGAUGUGACAUUUCAGGAAAACAUUAAAGAUGAUGACGUCAUCCACGUGGAGAUGUCCGAAGAGAUUGUCGAUGAAGAAGGAAACGCGCUUAUAGGAGAAACCGCGAUAGAACAGCACAUUUAUAUAAUUCCUGCGUUUACCGUUCAAAUUUGGGAUGCGAGCUAUCUCGUUAGAUCCGAUGACCAAACGGCGAAGGAGAUUGUACUGAAGGUCCGUUUUAACAAGCCAGUAGUCAACGCUGAACGAGAGUUACCAGACGUGUACGACUUCGACGUUUCGGAUAUAAAGAACGAAACCGUUGAUGUGUCUGCCAUAUUGAAGGUGGAACCUGUCAACCACGGACGUAUCUGCCCCAAACACAUUGCUUGUCACACUGAAUUCUACGUGCGAUUAGCCGCCGCGUCCAUAAGCGAUGCCCGUCAGUUUUAUUUUGACAUCAUUCCAGGACGGCUGAAGUCUGCAAGAGACUUCUUAUUCGUGAAUUCCAAGCCAACUUUAAUUGAUUUUAAUACUGUCUAUGAGAACUAA